AUGUCGAUGCCUGUAGCUCUCAGCAACUACGCAGCCGCACAAUCACCACCAUCUCUCGCCGCAGCGGAACGAGCGAAUGGUCCACAGCAAAAGAGGAGACGUACCGAGGCUGCGCCGUCGCGACUUCAGGAGAGGAAUGCCAUCGAUCCUCUUGCUACAGCGACUGACGACAGCAUCAAGCAAGAGAUGGAUCGUAUGAAGCAGUCUAUGGCACGUCUCGAGACUCUGCUCAGCCAUCGGCCGCCCGAGUCUCGCCCUGGCGCUCCUACUGCAACAGCGACAUCAACGCCUGAUACACACGACUAUCGAGUUGAUCCGUCCGAGGAUGCUCCAGGCGAGACAGAUCCGCCUUCUCUCGAGUCUCGUCAACGAUGGCAGCAUAUUCGUUCCAUCCUCCCGCCUCUCAUCGACACCCACCGUAUGAUGCACUACAUGCUCACUGAAGGCGACUGGCUUAUGACGUGCGUUCAGGCUCCUCGCUUCGUCGCACUUUGGAAGUACUCUUUCGAUCGACAAGCCAUCUCGGAUGUCUUCGCCGUUCGCGUUCUCAUUCUCGUCGCCUGCUCGGCUCUCCUCAUAUCCGAUAAUCCCCGGCGCGUCAUCCACUUUAACGCGCCCAUCCGAUCGUUACACACCACCUUGGCAAAGGAAGCUGUACGAAUGGUCGAAUCUAUGCCCGCUCUGCGCCACGGACGCACCGAGGCAGAGGCCUGCGAUCUCAUCGAACUCCAGCUCAACGUUGCUCUUUACUUUCGCUGCCUGGGUAAAGAGUCCGUCUUUGGCAAGUACACGGAACGUGCCAUCUCGUGUUGCAUACGCGCAAGUUUCGACGACGAGCUGCGACCUUCGUGGCUGGGACUGACGAAAGACCAAGUCGAGCGCAGGAGAUCCCUCUUGAUGGAAGUUGCCUUGUCCACCAAGUGGCUCGCCUUUCACUGCCGUAAAGACCUCACGCUUUCGCGCAUUGCCUCGUUCAACUUUGGUCGACCCAAUUUUGAACACAUUGGCCAGUUCCCCCCGCUUGAAGCAUGGCCACAGUCAGAUCAUGUUGCGCGCACCAUCGCUGCUCUUCCGCAGGACGGACCGGACCUUUCGUUUGCCUGGCGCGCCAAAACUGACAAGGAGCGCGACACGGUCCGCACCUACAUCCUCACCUCGGCUUCGCUCACCGAUGAGAUUCCAGCUAUCGUCGAGCUUGCGAGCAAGACCGAGACGCGACUCUUGCAGCCCGAAGCACUCGUUCUAUGCACCAAGGAAGAGAUGCGUGACAUGGCCAGGCAGACGCGCCAGAUGCUCGCGCGCUUGGAAGAAUGGCACAAGGUCAUCCUGCCACGAGCCGGUGUGGGCUAUGACCGGGCCAUCAACGCCCAAAUUACCGCAGAAGAUCCUGCCGAGGCGAAAAGCAUGGCUACCAUCCUGAUGCUCAACUUGGCCGUCUGUUACAUGAGCUCGAUUUUGUGUCGUGCAUGGCUUUUGUUGGCUGAUCGGCUGCAGAGUCUCAAUGACGCACGACGACACGAGAAAUACGAUUUCGAACAAGCAACUACAGUCAGUCCCGACUUUCUCGAGCAUAUCAGGCGGAGGCAGAUCGAUCAUGUACAGCAUGUGCACGCAUCGUGGCUCCCGCCGACGUUCCUCAGCGAGGUGCAGGCGGCAGUGGUAGAGAUUGGUCGACGAUGCAUCCGUAGCAUUCCGGUGAUCCGAACCUUGCAGUCGCUAUCGUCGUCGCAAUUCUACGUUGGCUGGACGAGUCAAGCGCACAUGCAAGCGGCUGUCAACCUCGCCAUCCCGCUGGUGCGGUCGCACCAUCGUCUGAAUCAUCAACACCUUGAUCCCACCGAGCCAGGCUAUGCAGACGCCGAUCUUGACUCGCUGCGUCGGGAUGUUUCGACGAUAUUCGAAGGCGUGAGCCAGCUGUCGAACAAUUACAUGGCGCAUCGCACCGCCAAGGUGCUCAAUCGGGCGUUGCGGUUGGGCGGGAUCGAACGACCGUUGAUGCAUGCGGAUGACAACGCGGAUGGAGUGGGCGAUGCGUGGGCACAGGAAGAGCGAGCCGCGUCGACGGUGGGCUCGGGACAAAUCGAAAGUGCGGCCGAAGGGUUGGCUCUUUUGUCCGCCGCGUCGAGUGCGAGGACGGCCAGCGAUAAUGCAGCGUCGAGGCGCAGAGCGAACGGAUCAAGCGGGACGAGCUCCACCGGCAUACCGCCUCUUGCCUGGGAACCACGUUCUCGCGCCGAUGGCAGCAGCCACAGCCACAGCCAUCUGGUGCCGUUUGAAGACUCGUCCGCCCCACCUUCGUAUCCGGACACAUCGACGACGACAGCACCGCCAGCGGCAUCUGUGGCAGCAGACGGCACCACAAGGGAACCAAUGUGGUGGGAAUCGCGGACACCUACCGUCGAGAAGACUCACUUUAUCUCGGCGAAUGUGGGCGACACUUCAGUCCCGGGCAAUUAUCAUGGACGACAGCAGCAGCAGCCGCAGCCGCAGCCACAGCCACACCACAUGACGGAUUCGCAGCUACUCGAUGAGCUCCUCAACCUGGAUGCGUCUUUCUGGAAAUUUGUGCUGGAUGGCGCUGGUCAUGAGGUCACGGGCGAUGCCGGCACCAACACAGGCGCACCAAAUGUACAGGCGUAG